UCUGCCCUGAGUGCUGCGAGAACCCUGUUUGUGGAUGAGGAGGAGCGCGGGCUGGAGACCAUGGACGUGAAGGAGAGGAAGCCAUACCGCUCGCUGACCAGGCGCCGUGAUGCUGAGCGACGCUACACCAGCUCAUCUGCCGACAGCGAGGAGGGCAAAGCCCCGCAGAAGUCCUAUAGCUCCAGCGAGACCCUGAAGGCCUAUGACCAGGACGCCCGCCUGGCCUAUGGCAGCCGCGUCAAGGACCUAGUGCCGCAGGAAGCUGAGGAAUUCUGCAGGGCAGGCACCAACUUUACGCUGCGGGAGCUGGGGCUUGGAGAGGUGACGCCCCCUCAUGGGACCCUGUACCGGACCGACAUCGGCCUCCCCCACUGUGGCUACUCCUUGGGAGCCAGCUCUGAUGCCGACAUGGAAGCCGACACCGUCCUGUCUCCUGAGCACCCCGUGCGGUUGUGGGGCCGGAGCACACGGUCAGGCCGCAGUUCCUGUCUGUCCAGCCGGGCCAACUCCAACCUCACGCUCACUGACACGGAGCAUGAGAACACCGAGACGGAUCACCCUGGCGGCCUGCAAAACCACUCCCGGCUCCGGACACCGCCACCACCGCUCUCGCAUGCCCACACCCCCAACCAGCACCACGCGGCCUCCAUUAACUCCCUGAACCGGGGCAACUUCACUCCGAGGAGCAACCCCAGCCCGGCCCCUACGGACCACUCGCUCUCCGGAGAGCCUCAGGCAGGUGGUGCCCAGGAGCCCGCACACGCCCAGGACAACUGGCUGCUCAACAGCAACAUCCCCCUGGAGACCAGAAACCUAGGCAAGCAGCCAUUCCUAGGGACAUUGCAGGACAACCUCAUUGAGAUGGACAUUCUCAGCGCCACCCGCCAUGAUGGGGCUUACAGUGACGGGCACUUCCUCUUCAAGCCGGGAGGCACCUCCCCGCUCUUCUGCACCACGUCACCUGGGUACCCACUGACGUCCAGCACAGUGUACUCUCCUCCGCCCCGACCCCUACCCCGCAGCACGUUCGCCCGGCCAGCCUUCAACCUCAAGAAACCCUCCAAGUACUGUAACUGGAAAUGUGCAGCCUUGAGUGCCAUCGUCAUCUCAGCCACACUGGUCAUCCUGCUGGCUUACUUUGUGGCCAUGCACCUGUUUGGCCUAAACUGGCACCUGCAGCCGAUGGAGGGGCAGAUGUAUGAGAUCACGGAGGACACAGCCAGCAGUUGGCCUGUGCCGACGGACGUCUCCCUGUAUCCCUCAGGGGGCACUGGGUUAGAGAUCCCUGACAGGAAAGGCAAAGGAGCCACAGAAGGAAAGUCCAGUAGUUUCUUCCCAGAGGACAGUUUUAUAGACUCUGGAGAAAUCGAUGUGGGGAGACGAACUUCCCAGAAGAUUCCUCCUGGCACUUUCUGGAGAUCUCAGGUGUUCAUAGAUCAUCCUGUACAUCUGAAAUUCAAUGUGUCUCUGGGAAAGGCAGCCCUGGUUGGCAUUUACGGCAGAAAAGGUCUUCCUCCUUCACACACACAGUUUGACUUUGUGGAGCUGCUGGAUGGAAGGAGGCUUCUGACCCAGGAAGCACGGAGCCUCGAGGGACCCCCACGGCAGUCUCGGGGUGUCGUCCCCCCAUCUAGCCAUGAGACCGGCUUCAUCCAGUAUUUGGAUUCAGGAAUCUGGCAUCUGGCUUUUUACAAUGAUGGGAAGGAAUCUGAAGUGGUUUCUUUUCUCACCACUGCCAUUGAAUCUGUGGAUAACUGCCCCAGCAACUGCUAUGGCAAUGGAGACUGCAUCUCUGGGACCUGCCACUGCUUUCUGGGUUUCCUGGGCCCUGAUUGUGGCAGAGCUUCCUGCCCCGUGCUCUGUAGUGGGAAUGGCCAGUACAUGAAAGGCCGAUGCCUGUGCCACAGUGGCUGGAAGGGCGCUGAGUGCGAUGUGCCCACAAACCAGUGUAUCGAUGUGGCCUGCAGCAACCACGGCACCUGCAUCAUGGGCACCUGCAUCUGCAACCCUGGCUACAAGGGCGAGAGCUGCGAGGAAGUGGACUGUAUGGAUCCCACAUGCUCAGGCCGGGGUGUGUGCGUGAGAGGUGAAUGCCACUGCUCUGUCGGAUGGGGAGGCACCAACUGCGAGACACCCAGAGCCACGUGCUUGGACCAGUGCUCAGGUCACGGAACCUUCCUCCCAGACACUGGACUUUGCAGCUGCGACCCCAGCUGGACUGGACACGAUUGCUCUAUUGAGAUCUGUGCUGCUGAUUGUGGCGGCCAUGGCGUCUGCGUGGGAGGCACCUGCCGAUGUGAGGACGGCUGGAUGGGUGCAGCCUGUGACCAGCGCGCCUGCCACCCUCGCUGUGCCGAACAUGGGACCUGCCGCGAUGGCAAAUGCGAGUGCAGCCCAGGCUGGAACGGCGAGCACUGCACCAUCGCUCACUAUCUGGAUAGGGUAGUUAAAGAGGGUUGCCCUGGGUUAUGCAAUGGUAAUGGCAGAUGUACCUUGGACCUGAAUGGGUGGCACUGCGUGUGCCAGCUGGGCUGGAGAGGAGCUGGCUGUGACACAUCCAUGGAAACCGCAUGCGGUGACAGCAAAGACAACGAUGGAGAUGGCUUGGUGGACUGCAUGGACCCCGACUGCUGUCUCCAGCCCCUUUGCCACGUCAACCCUCUAUGCCUGGGCUCCCCAGACCCUCUGGACAUCAUCCAGGAGACACAAGCUCCAGUGUCCCAGCAGAAUCUCCAUUCCUUCCACGACCGCAUCAAGUUUCUCGUGGGCAGAGACAGCACACACGUCAUACCUGGAGAGAACCCCUUUGAUGGAGGGCACGCAUGUGUCAUUCGUGGUCAAGUGAUGACAUCAGAUGGGACCCCACUGGUUGGUGUGAACAUCAGUUUCGUCAAUAACCCUCUCUUUGGGUACACCAUCAGCCGGCAAGAUGGCAGCUUUGACUUGGUCACCAAUGGCGGCAUCUCCAUCAUCCUGCGCUUCGAGCGGGCACCAUUCAUCACACAGGAGCACACGCUGUGGCUGCCAUGGGACCGCUUCUUUGUCAUGGAAACCAUCAUCAUGAGACACGAGGAGAAUGAGAUUCCCAGCUGUGACCUGAGCAACUUCGCCCGCCCCAACCCUGUCGUUUCCCCAUCCCCGUUGACAUCCUUUGCCAGCUCCUGUGUGGAGAAAGGUCCCAUUGUUCCAGAAAUCCAGGCUUUACAGGAGGAAAUCACUAUCUCUGGCUGCAAGAUGAGACUGAGCUACCUGAGCACUCGUACCCCUGGCUACAAAUCUGUCCUGAGGAUCAGCCUCACCCACCCUACCAUCCCCUUCAACCUCAUGAAGGUCCACCUCAUGGUGGCGGUUGAGGGUCGCCUCUUCAGAAAGUGGUUUGCAGCCGCCCCAGACCUGUCCUAUUAUUUCAUUUGGGACAAGACAGACGUCUACAACCAGAAGGUGUUUGGGCUCUCAGAAGCCUUCGUCUCCGUGGGUUACGAGUAUGAGUCUUGUCCAGACCUGAUCCUGUGGGAAAAAAGGACUGCAGUGCUACAAGGUUAUGAAAUCGAUGCUUCCAAGCUUGGAGGAUGGAGCCUGGACAAACACCAUGCCCUCAACAUCCAAAGUGGCAUCCUGCACAAAGGGAAUGGGGAGAACCAGUUUGUGUCCCAGCAGCCACCUGUCAUUGGGAGCAUCAUGGGCAAUGGACGCCGCAGAAGCAUCUCCUGCCCCAGCUGCAAUGGCCUUGCUGAUGGCAACAAACUCCUGGCCCCUGUGGCCCUCGCAUGCGGCUCUGAUGGGAGCCUCUAUGUUGGUGAUUUCAACUACAUUCGAAGGAUCUUCCCCUCUGGGAAUGUCACCAACAUCCUGGAGUUGAGAAAUAAAGAUUUCAGACAUAGUCACAGCCCAGCGCAUAAAUACUACCUGACCACAGACCCCAUGAGUGGAGCUGUCUUCCUUUCAGACACCAACAGCCGGCGGGUUUUCAAAGUCAAAUCCACUGUGGUGGUGAAGGACCUUGCCAAGAACUCCGAGGUGGUCGCGGGGACUGGUGACCAGUGCCUCCCCUUCGAUGACACUCGCUGUGGGGAUGGUGGGAAGGCCACAGAAGCCACACUUACCAACCCCAGGGGCAUUACAGUGGACAAAUUUGGGCUGAUUUACUUUGUGGAUGGCACCAUGAUCAGACGCAUUGAUCAGAAUGGGAUCAUCUCCACCUUGCUGGGCUCCAAUGAUCUGACAUCAGCCCGACCUCUCAGCUGUGAUUCAGUGAUGGAUAUUUCUCAGGUUCGCCUGGAGUGGCCCACAGACUUAGCCAUCAACCCGAUGGACAACUCACUCUACGUCCUUGACAACAAUGUGGUCCUGCAAAUCUCUGAAAACCACCAGGUGCGCAUUGUGGCUGGGAGGCCCAUGCACUGCCAGGUUCCUGGCAUCGACCACUUCCUGCUGAGCAAGGUGGCCAUACAUGCAACUUUGGAGUCCGCCACUGCGUUAACUGUUUCACACACUGGGGUCGUAUACAUCGCUGAGACUGAUGAGAAAAAGAUCAACCGCAUCAGGCAAGUCACCACUAGUGGAGAAAUCUCGCUAGUCGCUGGAGCCCCCAGUGGCUGUGACUGUAAAAACGAUGCCAACUGUGAUUGCUUCUCUGGAGAUGAUGGUUAUGCCAAGGAUGCAAAGCUGAAUACCCCAUCUUCCUUGGCUGUGUGCGCUGAUGGAGAACUGUACGUGGCUGACCUUGGGAAUAUCCGGAUUCGCUUUAUCCGGAAGAACAAGCCUUUCCUCAAUACCCAGAACAUGUAUGAGCUGUCCUCACCAAUAGACCAGGAGCUCUACUUGUUUGACACCAGUGGCAAGCAUCUGUAUACCCAAAGCCUGUCCACUGGAGACUACCUGUACAACUUCACCUACACUGGGGAUGGUGACGUCACACUCAUCACGGACAACAAUGGCAACAUGGUCAAUGUGCGCCGAGACUCUACCGGGAUGCCCCUCUGGUUGGUGGUCCCUGAUGGCCAAGUAUACUGGGUGACCAUGGGCACCAACAGUGCAUUGAAGAGUGUGACCACACAAGGACACGAGUUGGCAAUGAUGACAUACCAUGGCAACUCUGGCCUUCUGGCAACCAAAAGCAAUGAAAAUGGGUGGACCACAUUUUAUGAGUACGACAGCUUCGGCCGCCUGACAAACGUGACCUUCCCCACUGGCCAGGUGAGCAGUUUCCGAAGUGAUACGGACAGCUCAGUGCAUGUCCAGGUAGAGACCUCCAGCAAGGAUGAUGUCACCAUAACCACCAACUUAUCGGCUUCAGGUGCCUUCUACACACUGUUGCAAGACCAAGUCCGGAACAGCUACUACAUUGGAGCUGAUGGCUCCCUGCGUCUGCUGCUGGCCAAUGGCAUGGAGGUGGCACUGCAGACGGAGCCCCACCUGCUGGCAGGCACUGUCAACCCCACUGUGGGCAAGAGGAACGUCACAUUACCCAUUGACAACGGACUCAACCUGGUAGAGUGGCGGCAGCGCAAGGAGCAGGCUCGCGGCCAAGUCACCGUCUUUGGGCGCCGGCUACGGGUUCACAACCGAAACCUCCUGUCUCUGGACUUUGACCGCGUGACACGCACAGAGAAGAUCUAUGAUGACCACCGCAAGUUCACCCUACGCAUCUUGUAUGACCAGGCAGGGCGGCCCAGCCUGUGGUCACCCAGUAGCAGGCUAAAUGGUGUCAAUGUGACAUACUCCCCAGGGGGCCAUAUUGCUGGUAUCCAGAGGGGCAUCAUGUCUGAGAGAAUGGAAUAUGACCAGGCAGGUCGCAUCACAUCCAGGAUCUUUGCUGACGGGAAGACAUGGAGCUACACAUACUUAGAAAAGUCUAUGGUAUUACUCCUCCACAGCCAGAGGCAGUACAUCUUUGAGUUUGACAAGAACGAUCGCCUCUCUUCUGUGACGAUGCCCAAUGUGGCCCGGCAGACUCUAGAGACCAUUCGCUCAGUGGGAUACUACAGAAACAUCUACCAGCCCCCCGAGGGCAAUGCUUCAGUCAUCCAGGAUUUUACUGAGGACGGACAACUCCUUCAUACCUUCUACUUGGGCACUGGGCGCAGGGUGGUAUAUAAGUAUGGCAAGCUGUCAAAGCUGGCUGAGAUGCUGUAUGAUACCACCAAAGUAAGCUUCACCUAUGAUGAGACAGCAGGCAUGCUGAAGACCAUCAACCUACAGAAUGAAGGCUUCACCUGCACCAUCCGCUACCGUCAAAUCGGGCCCCUGAUUGACCGACAGAUCUUUCGCUUCACCGAGGAAGGCAUGGUCAAUGCUCGUUUUGACUACAACUACGACAACAGUUUCCGGGUGACCAGCAUGCAGGCUGUGAUCAACGAGACCCCACUGCCCAUUGAUCUCUAUCGCUAUGAUGAUGUGUCUGGCAAGACAGAACAAUUUGGGAAGUUUGGUGUUAUCUACUAUGACAUCAAUCAGAUCAUUACCACAGCAGUCAUGACCCACACUAAACAUUUUGAUGCCUAUGGGCGGAUGAAGGAAGUGCAGUAUGAGAUUUUCCGCUCACUUAUGUACUGGAUGACUGUCCAGUAUGACAACAUGGGGCGAGUAGUGAAGAAGGAGCUGAAGGUGGGACCCUAUGCCAACACCACCCGCUACUCCUAUGAGUACGAUGCUGAUGGCCAGCUGCAGACAGUCUCCAUCAAUGACAAGCCACUCUGGCGCUACAGCUAUGACCUCAAUGGGAACCUGCACCUACUGAGCCCUGGGAACAGUGCUCGGCUCACCCCACUACGGUAUGACCUCCGUGACCGUAUCACCAGGCUGGGUGAUGUGCAAUACAAGAUGGACGAGGAUGGCUUCCUGAGGCAGCGAGGCGGUGAUGUCUUUGAGUAUAACUCAGCUGGCCUGCUCAUCAAGGCCUACAACCGGGCUGGGGGCUGGAGUGUCAGGUACCGCUAUGAUGGCCUCGGGCGGCGAGUCUCCAGCAAGAGCAGCCACAGCCACCACCUGCAGUUCUUCUAUGCAGACCUAACCAACCCCACCAAGGUCACCCACCUCUACAACCACUCCAGCUCGGAGAUCACUUCCCUCUACUAUGACCUGCAAGGUCACCUCUUUGCCAUGGAGUUGAGCAGCGGUGAUGAGUUCUACAUAGCCUGUGACAACAUUGGGACACCGCUUGCUGUCUUCAGCGGAACGGGCUUGAUGAUCAAGCAGAUUUUGUACACAGCCUAUGGGGAGAUCUACAUGGACACUAACCCCAACUUCCAGGUCAUCAUUGGCUACCACGGUGGCCUCUAUGAUCCACUCACCAAACUGGUCCACAUGGGCCGACGGGAUUAUGAUGUGCUGGCUGGACGCUGGACCAGCCCAGACCACGAGCUGUGGAAGCAUCUUAGUAGCAGCAACAUCAUGCCUUUUAAUCUCUACAUGUUUAAAAACAACAACCCCAUCAGCAACUCCCAGGACAUCAAGUGCUUCAUGACAGAUGUCAACAGCUGGCUGCUCACCUUUGGAUUCCAACUCCACAAUGUCAUCCCUGGCUACCCCAAGCCAGACAUGGAUGCCAUGGAACCAUCCUAUGAGCUGGUACACACACAGAUGAAAACUCAGGAGUGGGACAAUAGCAAGUCUAUCCUCGGAGUACAGUGUGAAGUGCAGAAGCAGCUCAAGGCCUUUGUCACUCUAGAACGCUUUGAUCAGCUCUACGGCUCCACGAUCACCAGCUGCCAGCAGGCCCCAGAGACAACAAAGAGGUUUGCAUCUAGUGGCUCCAUCUUUGGCAAGGGAGUCAAGUUUGCCUUGAAAGACGGUCGAGUGACCACAGACAUCAUCAGUGUGGCCAAUGAGGAUGGGCGGAGGGUGGCUGCCAUCUUGAACAACGCCCACUACCUAGAGAACCUGCACCUGACCAUUGAAGGGAUAGACACCCAUUAUUUCGUGAAACCCGGGCCUUCAGAAGGCGACCUGGCCAUACUGGGCCUCAGUGGGGGCCGGCGAACCCUGGAGAACGGGGUCAAUGUCACUGUAUCCCAGAUCAACACGAUGCUCAAUGGCAGGACUAGACGCUACACAGACAUCCAGCUCCAGUAUGGAGCCCUGUGCUUGAACACACGCUACGGAACGACGCUGGACGAGGAGAAGGCGCGGGUACUGGAGCUGGCCCGGCAGAGAGCUGUGCACCAGGCUUGGGCCCGCGAGCAGCAGAGAGUGCGGGAUGGGGAGGAGGGCCUACGGGCCUGGACAGAGGGAGAGAAACAGCAGGUGCUGAACACGGGGAGGGUGCAAGGCUAUGAUGGUUUCUUCGUGAUCUCUGUGGAGCAGUACCCAGAACUGUCAGACAGCGCCAACAACAUCCACUUCAUGAGACAGAGUGAGAUGGGGCGAAGGUGACAGGGAAAGCCAAUGCCUGGACUUCUUGCCAAAGACAGCUACACUUUUUGUGGCCGCAGACCUGACUGUGUUGUACUUUAAAAAAAAAAAAAAGUCAUUUUUUUAACAAGUACAGAAAAAAAGCAAAAGAAAAAAAGAUACUGGUUGCAUUGUAACUCAUGCAACAUCCUUUUUGUUUUUUUUAAGAAAAGAAAAACAAAAAAAUAGGCCUUCACACAUUUUUUGCAAAGAACAGAAGGUUCUUUUUUUUUUUUCUGUAGUGUGAUCACAAUGAAACCUCUCUAUUGUCUUUUGUUCCCUUUAUCUUGCAGAUUUUUUCCUUGUUGUUUGGGGUAUGUUUCUCCCCUCUGAGACACAUCUCCUGGACUGUGUCAUUGUCCGUAUCUCGGUACUCAGUGUGAUGUGACACAUGAGUGUCUGUGCUAACAUGUCUCUUGUGCAACCCUUUCUUCUUCGCUGGGGGUUGGGCAGGAGUGAGGGGUGCGGAAAGUAACGAGCCAAUACAAAGUCCCUUCCAAACGGGACGGACGGAAGGUCUGUGGGUCUGAGGCUGCUUGGCUAGGCUAGACUCCCACAGACAAGUUGUGGCUUUUUAUUCACUGUGUUCUAUCCCUCCAGAGCCACAGAUGGCCUCAUCUUGCUCUGGAGAUUUUCAUGUUAUUCAGCACCUUUUCAGGCUGCCCCAAACUCCUGCCCCUGCUUUAUAUUUUUAUGCUAAAGGAAACCCCCUAUCCUUUUUGCAAAUCGUGUGUAAUUGUCGGUGUCACCCCCAUACUGGGAUGGAGAAAAUGUUUCCCAGGUCCUUUCCCCCAGUCCGGUGGCAUAGCAUCCAAGUGCUAAAAGCCCCUUGUCCACAGGAGGCAAAGGCACCUAGGAUGUCUGUGGUUGGUUGACCCUCCCCAAGAUGUUUGUUAUUCAUCUCUUCCUCUCUCCCAAAGUCAGAUGUGAAAACCAGCACUGCACGGCAAGCCCUCAAUGUGGAUGCCAUGUCCAGGGAGGGGAAGACCACCUAUGGCCAAGGAUUGGCAGUGGUGGCAAGGGUACCAGCCUGCCUUCCUACGUGAAGCCCUCUUCUCAUGAUCUUGGGUGUUUUCCUGCCACUGCUCAGCUGCCACCACUAAUAGGAAUGUGGACAAAGGUGCUUGGUGGCCUUUACUUCUGGAAAGAUACUUAAGGAAAAGUCAACCAAAGAGAGGGAAAGCAUGAGCCAAGCAUCAUUCUACCCAGCUCCUGAAGUCUCCUCUGUCUCACACACUCAGGCUAACUGUAGAGCUGGGAUACAGCAGGAUAAGCUUUCAAAAAAUUCUUCUCAGACAGCUCCAACCAGAGUUGGAAAGAGAGCUAGGAUAAAGGAGGAGAGAGCUAAUUUGGGGCAGCAUGUCAGUAUUGCACAAUUCCACCAAGAAGAGUGGCUGGUGCCCAUGGAUCUGGGCUGCCAAGCUCAAAUUGUUCCUGUGACAAUCCAUGCCUAAGGUCAUCUGGAAGACUUGAGCACUCUCAGGAGUGGGUACAGCCCACAUCUGGAAGGCAUGUCAAGGAAGAGACAGCAGCCAGCAGGCAAAGGGAAGCACUGUGGGGAGGGGGAAGUAGGAGCAAGCACUAGGACUCCUUGCUCAAGGGUUCCAUUCCUGGUUCAUCUGCCUAAUUACCAUUGUCAUUACCACUCACAGGAGGCUCUGGAAGACAGGAGGAGAAGCCAAAUGCUUCCUUUUGAGCCAGGCUUCUUAGAAAAUGGAACUUUUAUAGGGUUACAUUUGCAUUAAGUGUGGAAAAUGAAUUCUGAGUCUGAGCUUUUCCCCGUGGAAACCUUGUUGGACUGAUAAGCUCAUGGCACCUUUAUAGCCUUACUCACAGAGUCUUCAGAAUAUUACACAAAUUAAUGAAACCAAGGAGGUCUCUUACCGUCUGAGAAUCAGAGCAACGUAGAGCCUGGGUUCUGCCUGGCAGAGGGAGGUAUCCAAAGUGUCUCGGGCAGAGGCGGUUUCACCUAAUGUCAUCCCCUUGGGAUUAAAGGAUGUGUUUUGCUAAGUGCUCUUCCUGUUUCCAAAAAACAACAGUGUGCCUUGGCCUAGCCUGUUUGUCCAAUGGCUGCCCACUGCCUCUGGGUACAGAACUCAAUGGAGUCAGACAACAAGCUCCUUGGCCCCACUGUGAACCUCAGGAGCUGGCAAGGGGGCUACUAUUAGCAGGUUAUUCUUGGAUAGGAUGGGGGAAAUUUGGCCUGAGGAACACAAAGGUUUUGUUUGUUUUUAACCCAGAAGAGACUGAUGCCUAUCAGCAUGUACUCUUGACAUCAGGGGCCCUUGUGCAGCACUCUCCUGCCCAGUGCCCUGGUUGAUCGGUUCCAUGCUGUUGCAUAUCAGUCAACACCUACUGGGGACAUCAACUUUAAAGUCAGAUGUAAGACAAUGCAUGAGAGCCAAGGGAACCCUCCCUGUACUUUUCUACCAC